UACUGUUAUCGCCCUCGUCCUGAGAAGAGGGGAAAGGUAAGACGUAUCACUCGGAGUCCGUUUCCCGGUGCCGUCAGUCCACGAGCUGUGCUAGCAAAAAGUAGCGGGCAGCCGCAUUUUUACGGCGCGCACCUUCAUCUGGUGCGAUCUCUAAACCCGUCGCCUUGGUAACGUCUACGCUAGCGCCGUCGGCUAGCCGCCCGUCGCCAUUUUUCAGCUACGGAGUGACUCAUCUUCCCGGAUAUACACAAUCUUUCGUUGAGUCCGGGUACAAGGUGGGGCAGAGAGGCUCCUGGUCAACUUGUAAAAGUUGAGUGUGUGUCGGCGUAUGGUGGAUUUUUUCAGCGAACGCCGGAAAAAGCACGUUAGCAGUUCCUUCAGUAGUCAGGCGGAGCUGUGAGCCGCUGGACUGAGACAGACCAGAGUCAUGGCCUCCGGCAAGAACAAGAACCAGACCUCUCUGGUUCUCCAUAAGGUGAUCAUGGUGGGCAGCGGUGGAGUGGGGAAGUCUGCCCUCACCCUCCAGUUCAUGUACGACGAGGUGAGACUUCAACACUACAUUUCCCAUAAACCCUCGCUGUUGCUGCUUCCUGUCACAUAUUUAUCUCUCUGCUCCCAGUUUGUGGAGGACUACGAGCCCACCAAGGCCGACAGCUACAGGAAGAAGGUGGUUCUGGACGGCGAGGACGUUCAGAUUGAUAUCCUGGACACGGCGGGUCAGGAGGACUACGCCGCCAUCAGAGACAACUACUUCCGCAGUGGAGAGGGCUUCCUGCUGCUCUUCUCCAUCACAGAGCACGAGUCCUUCACAGCCACGUCUGAGUUCAGGGAGCAGAUCCUGCGGGUGAAGGAGGAGGAGGCGAUCCCUCUGCUCCUGGUGGGGAACAAGUCGGACCUGGAGGAGCGGCGGCAGGUUUCUGCUGAAGAGGCCACGGCGAAGGCCGGCGAGUGGGGGGUUCAGUACGUGGAGACCUCGGCCAAGACGAGAGCCAACGUCGACAAGGUGUUCUUCGACCUCAUGCGGGAGGUCCGCAAGAAGAAACUGGCGGAAAGCAAAGACAAAAACGGGCCGAGCGGCAAGAAGAAGAAGAAGCACUGCUGCAUACUUUAACCCCGAGGCCACAGCCGAGGUGACAAAGUGCCAAAACCAAAAAACAGUCGGACAGACUGACCCAAACAGGCAGCAGCUUCAAACCUUCAAACUGCCUGACUGCUGCACGUUUACUCUACGAACAGUCCAAACAUCAACACUCGCGUCAGCAGCUGGGGAGGAAAGCACCUGACACACUGAUUCCUCUCAUGCAAAUUUAUUUGGGCAUUUAUUUUUACACCCGAAAAUGUACUAUUCUCCAAAUGUAUAAAAUCCAAAUUUAAAAGAAUCUAGUGACUGGAUGUGUUUGAGGCCCUGUUCACCAGAAGAAUCUCACAUCCGCUAUUGUUAAUGUUUGGUUUUAAACUUGUCUGGUAACAUUGGUACUUUCCCGGUUCUGCUUCCUCUUUAUGUACAGAUUGUGUGGAGUCCAACUACUCUAUAUGUGAUAACGUGCGAUUGCGACACCAUGGGCAUUACUCAGCUGCUCUGACAGCAUCAGCGAGCUCCGUCAAGUUCUUCCACAGCAAACUGGGAAAACUGUUGAACCAGGAAAUACACCGGCGAGCUAGCUUAACGCGGCUAUAAUCAAUAUUUUUAUAAUAAUACUCGUAGUGAUGGAGCUACAGAUAAUAAUCAGCUGAAUCUGCAGCGCCGCUCGGCUCUACGGAGCUUCAUAGUGAGUUUCAGCUCGUUGUUUAUCUGUCGGGCUGCAACUUUACUGUUCUGGUUCCCUCUCAGCGCUCUCAUAGCGUCGAUUUCAGAGAAAACUACGCAGCAAACUGCAGUCAGAGAGCAGCUGGUGAACAUAGCGGAGCAUCUGGCAGCUAAAGAGCCAGAUGUUUCCCUCUGGAGCUGCUGGAGACCGAACACAGAGCUGCUCCGUAACUGCUAGAUGUGGAAAUGAGUGUUUGCUAACAAGUUCAACUUAAAAGGUGAUCAUGUGUCAUUGUUGUGUUCACAGCUUGUUUCUGUUUUCCCCCAAGUGGCCAAAAAAAAAAAAAAAAAAUCAGUUAUUGCAGGUUUAAAUGCUACUGCCAACAAACACACGUAAGUUGAUGACAUGUCUCUGCUUUUUCCAUCCAGUUUACAUCGUAGUGUUACGUUUCACCCCAGAUUGUACAGUCUGAUGCAGAUGGAGACUUUUUAUUUUAUUAGACCCACGCUGCACCGUGUUGUUGAUCAGUGUGCCAUUUAAAAACAGGGUUGUCCAUAUACUUAUGGCCAUGUUUCAUGUUUCUUGUCCUGCAUUUUUGUGGAUGUUCUGACAAUCCUGUAAUCACAGAAGCAGAUGUUUUCUUUUUAGGUAGAGCCAAUAUGAGCCAAAAAAGCCAUUUCCCCCAAAUCUGUCGGUGUAGAUGUUCCAGGGGGAGAUCUUUGUGCCUUAAACUUUCUCUCCUUUCACACGUUUGUCGUCACAGUUGACUCUAAAUCCCAAACUUAAAGUUUCAUCCUAAGCUCUCAUUUUCCACGAGUUCCCUCUUUUAUUUAGCUGUCUGUUUUGAGUAUUUUCACACAUUCCUGAUAUAUAAUUAUAACACUUCCAGACACUCCUUUUUGUAUGAAAGCUUUGUUCUUCACUUCCCUUACAAACACAAGUAUAAUUUAUAAUCAACUUUAUAAGGGAAUCUACUAUUAAAAUCACUUUCUGUGUAUUUAUGA